AUGGACUUCAGAGGAGGGCCCCAGGGGCUCCAUGGUUUCAGCGUGGAAACCAGGUACCAGCUCUCUGACGAUCAAAUCGUCAACCACUUCCCCAACCACUAUGAGCCGACUCAGAAGGACCUGAUGGUGAAGAACAUCAAGGGGUACCGGAAGGAGCUGGAGAAGGAGGGCAGCCCCCUGGCUGAGAAAGACGAGAACGGGAAAUACCUCUACUUGGACUUAGUUCCCAUCCCCUUCAUGUUGCCGGCUGACUACAACCUGUUCGUGGAGGAGUUCCGGAAGAGCCCGUGCAGCACCUGGAUCAUGAAGCCCUGCGGCAAAGCCCAGGACAAGGGCAUCUUCCUUAUAAACAAGCUCUCACAGAUCAAGAAGUGGUCCCGGGACAGCAAGACCUCCUCGUUCGUGUCUCAGUCCACCAAGGAGGCCCACGUGAUCUCGCUGUACAUCAACAACUCGCUCCUCAUCGGAGGGCGCAAGUUCGACCUGCAUCUGUACGUGCUGGUGUCCCCGUGCCGCCCGCUGCACUGCUACAUGUACAAACUUGGGUCUUGACGGUUCUGCACCGUCAAGUACACGCCGAGCACCAGCAAGCUGGACAACAUGUUCGUGCACCUCACCAACGUGGCCAUCCAGAAGCACGGGGACGACUACAACCACAUCCAUGGGGGCAAGGGGACAGUGAGCAACCUGCACCUCUACCUGGAGAGCACUCGGGGCAGGGAGGUCACCAGCAAGCUCUUCGACGAAAUCCACUGGGUCAUCGUGCAGUCCCUGAAGGCCGUGGCGCCGGUGAUGAACAGUGACAAGUACUGCUUCGAGUGCUAUGGCUACGACAUCAUCAUGGAUGACAAGCUGAAGCCCUGGCUGAUUGAGGUCAACGCGUUACCAUCCCUCACCUCCAGCACCGCCAACGACCGCAUCCUGAAGUACAACCUGAUCAACGACAGGGUUGAGCUGAGAUAA